CCGCAAACAAGAAAACAACUGCAAUCAUGAACACUAGCACGGAAGCUAAAUUUCCUCUUCAUGAGGCUGCUCGGGAGGGUAAAGUCGCGGUUGCCGAGUCUCUGUUGACUGCCAAUCCCAAGCUCGCAGCCACCAAGGAUGACGACGAUCGUCUUCCAAUUCACUGGGCGGUAGCCUACAAUCACCUCCCGAUUGUGGAGCUGCUCAUCUCAAACAAGCACUUUGAUCCAGACGUGGAGGAUGGGUCAGGCUGGACACCGUUGAUGAUUGCCGCAAGCUUGAAGAACGCCGAAGGGGACCCCAUUAUUGAUCUUUUGUUGAAGAAAGGCGCUGAUGUAAGCGUGAAGAGCGUCUCUGGACAGAACGCUCUUCACUUUGCAACUUCGAAAGCCAACCUUUCCACGGUCCGUACGCUGAUUGCCAACAAGUGUAGUGCCCGGGUCAAGGAUAGACGCGGUCAGCUCGCGCUUCAUCGGGCUGCGGCUAUUGGAUCCACCCCCAUCAUCAAGGUCUUACUCGAGGAUGGCAAGAGCCCGGUGAACGCAACUGAUGUCGACGGACUGACCGCGCUGCAUCAUGCGAUAUCCGAGGGACAUGGCGAUGCGGCGAUCACGCUACUCAAGGCCGGCGCGGAGGCAGACAAGAGAGACUCCAGCGGGGUGUUGGCCAUUGAUAUGGCACCUGAUAACAAGGUUCGGAGCUACAUACUACAGACAGCGGAGAGGGAGGGAAUAGACUUGUAGGACCGUAAAAACGUAAUAAUUGAAAAUGCGGUGGAAAUUCCAUACCGGAGUCCGACACAAUGUCAAUAACUAAUGAAACUCGAUACCCGGCGUCUCUUCAGACUCAACACAGAUUCAAUAAGCUUUCAGCAGGCACAUGUAUCACGUAACAUCGUGUAUAGCGAGAUCUAGCCCGCAGCAAAAACUUUCUAUGUAC